GUCACAAGGAUGCUGCUUCCUCUCACACAGUGAGGACGCUUUCCUGCCUCAGCAAAGAUACGCGGUGAGAAUGCCUCUCACGCCAGGGACCCAGAGUGAGGAUGCUUGCUGUCCCACCAGAGACACCUGUUUGGGGGUUGCCCGAAGUCCCCUGAACCGGAAGGCACGAAAGCAGGUUUUGCCUCUCACCUUAAGAGACACAGGGUGGCAAUGCUUCCUGCCCCAGCAGCUGGGCUGGGCUCUGAGUGGCCCAAAGCUCUGCAGGCACAUCUGAACACAAAGGAACCAGGACGAGCCUGACGGCUAGGGGAGCCAAGACCUCCCACUGGAACCAGGAAGAUGGAUGGGGGUGGAGGUGGGGACUUCUCUCUUCAGGGAGACAGGAAGGGGUCAGCCAGCCAGGGCUGGGCUGGCCUGGUCCACUGGGGCCUCUUUGGAGGGAGGAGCACCUUGGCGGGAGUGGCUGGGCUCUCAAAUUCUUAAGGCACUCAGACAGUAGCCAUCCCAGGAAGGUGCUGGACUGCUUCCUGCUCCAUUCCGGGUGCUGGCCUGGCCCUGUGCCCAUCAGCCGUACUGCCACGGCACAGAUGGCAAAGCUGGGAGGUCCUGCAGCCCUGGGGGGGCCUUGCAGAUGCCAAGGGCAGUCGGGUGCAUGCCAGGCCCAGCAAAAGCUUUCAGCUGCCUUUUCCCUUUGGUCCUCCCGAUCCCUAGCAAAAGGGUUGGCUUUUCGGCCCCAGGGCCCCUGUUGCACUGGGAAUAAAAACCCUCUUCUCUGGGGGCUGCCGGCCCUCCCCAGCUGGCCCCAGCUUUGGCCCUACUGCCUUCCCCAAGCUCAUGCCAUUCUGGCCACAUCAGUGGCCUCUCUUGCCCUCUAACCCACCAUAUGCUCAUUCUUGCCUCAGGGACUUUGCCUGUGUUGUCCCCCCUGCCCACUGUGCCCUUCCACGGGAGGUCUUUGCUUGGCUGGUCUCACCCCUCAGGUCUCCGCUCAAAAGUCACUGCUUGGGGAGGCCCUUCCUGAACACCCCACAGAACACUGCCACCCCCAGCCCACAUCAUUUUCUUCAUAGACUUUGCCACGAUCUGGAAAUUAUCAAGUUCAUUUACUUGUUUACUUGUUUUGGUUUUCCCCUCACUUUACACACAUGAGAAUGUGAGCUCCAUGAGAACCAGCAUCUCAUCUGUCUUGUUUUGGGAUGUGUCUCCAGAGCCUAGAAUGGUGCCAGGUACACAGUGGAUGCUCAAUAGGACAAUGAAUGAAGAAAGCCCCAUUUUACUGAUGAGAAAACUGAGGCCCAGAGAGGUGAAGGGAGUUGCCCAGGACCACACAGCUCUAAUGAUUUAAAGGCAUUUAUUGACCAAUAAAAAACAAAAAAUAAAUAAAUAAAUAAAAGCAUUUAUUGAGAACUUGCUAUAUGCCAGGCACUAUAGCACAGGGAGGGGUGGCAUGGCUUAGUGGUUAUACACUUGGACCCCAGUGCCAAAUCUGCCCAGGGUUCAGGACUCAGCACUGCCUCUUCCUGGCUCAGUCACCUUGGGCAGGUGACUCCACUUCUCUGAGCCUCAGUUUUCCCUGUCUGAAAAAUGGGAAUCAUAACUUAGAUAAGGACUGAAUAAGUUAAUGCGUUCAGAGCAGUGCUUGGCACAUAAAACAUGUGAUAAGAGUAUGGUUAUUAUUAUUAUUGUUUAAAAGAACUUUAAAACAUUAUACUUAGAGGUGUGUGCUAGGUGGAUGCCCAUUAAAUAGAUGAGGAAGCUGAGGCUCAAAGAGGUGACACCACCUGCCCAAGGUCCCACAUAGGAAUGGGUAAGGUCAAUAUAUAUAUAUAUUUUUGGCCGCGCCACAUGGCAUGCAGGAUCUUAGUUCCCAGACCAGGGAUCGAACCUGUGCCCACUGCAGUGGAAGUGCGGAGUCUUAACCACUGGACCGCCAGGGAAGUCCAAGGCCAAUAUUUUUAAGUGAGGCUGGCAAAUUUCCAAAUGUAGGUUCUCAACCUCCAGGGGCAAAUUUGACCUUGGAGCUGGGUCCUUUGGGAGAGGUCUGGUUUUGGGGGGUUCCCAGGGGCAGAGGGUCUGGUAUAGCAGAGAGAAGUGAGGCAGUGAGAAAAUGCCAAACAGCAGGGAAGAGAGUUGCCAAGAGGGCAAAGGUCAGGGGUCACAGCCCCCAAGAGCCUCCAAGAACCUCUUGGAAAGUUAGCAGAAGUGAGAAGACGUUCAAGAAGAGACGACACAACGUGAUGAAGGAAAUACAGAAGCGCAGCGUCAUUGGGGAGGAGAAAUCCCUUAAGUGCCAGGAAUAUAGGCAGGGAGGGUGGCAGCUGUCCCAGCCCCGGCUCUUCCCAGCUGGAACCCUUGGGGGGCUGGACACCUGGUUGUCCUCGCCGCAGGGGAGGGACAGCCCUGCCAACUGUUCACCCCAGGAAACUGGGUCCAGGGCAGGGCAGGCUCAGGCGUGCUAAGUUGGCCUGGGGGCAGGGCAGAGCUGCUCAGAUCCUGCCACAAUGAGGACAGACCUGGCAGUGGCCCCGGCAUGGUGUCUAUUGCAGGUGGCCGGACUGUGCCAUGCUGCUCUGGACCCAAGGUGGCAGCUCUCACUGUGGGGACCGUGCUGCUCCUGACAGGCAUCGGGGCAGCGUCCUGGGCCAUUGUGACCGUUCUACUCAGGAGUGAUCAGGAGCCGCUGUAUCCGGUGCAGGUCGGCCCGGCCGACGCUCGGCUCACGGUGUUUGACCAGACGGAGGGCACGUGGCGCCUGCUGUGCUCCUCGCGCUCCAACGCCAGGGUGGCGGGGCUCAGCUGCGAGGAGAUGGGCUUCCUCAGGGCGCUGGCCCACUCGGAGCUGGAUGUGCGGACGGCAGGCGCCAACGGCACGUCGGGCUUCUUCUGCGUGGACGAGGGGAGGCUGCCGCACGCCCGGAGGCUGCUCGAGGUCCUCUCCGUGUGCGACUGUCCCAGGGGUCGUUUCCUGGCUACCGUCUGCCAAGACUGUGGCCAUAGGAAGCUGCCCGUCGAUCGCAUCGUGGGCGGCCAGGACACCACCUUGGGCAGGUGGCCAUGGCAAGUCAGUCUUCGCUACGAUGGAGCACACCUCUGUGGGGGGUCCCUGCUCUCCAGAGACUGGGUGCUGACAGCCGCCCACUGCUUCCCUGAGCGGAACCGGGUCCUGUCCCGAUGGCGAGUGUUUGCCGGUGCCGUGGCCCAGACCUCGCCCCAUGGCGUGCAGCUGGGGGUGCAGGCAGUAAUCUACCACGGGGGCUAUCUCCCCUUUCGAGACCCCAACAGCGAGGAGAACAGCAAUGACAUUGCCCUGGUCCACCUCUCCAGCUCCCUGCCCCUCACAGAGUACAUCCAGCCCGUGUGCCUCCCGGCUGCCGGGCAGGCCCUAGUGGACGGCAAGAUCUGCACCGUGACUGGCUGGGGCAACACACAGUACUACGGCCAACAGGCGGGGGUACUCCAGGAGGCCCGAGUCCCCAUAAUCAGCAGUGAUGUCUGCAACGGCCCCGACUUCUACGGGAACCAGAUCAAACCCAAGAUGUUCUGUGCCGGCUAUCCUGAGGGUGGCAUUGAUGCCUGCCAGGGCGACAGCGGUGGCCCCUUCGUGUGUGAGGACAGCAUCUCUCGGACGCCACGUUGGCGGCUGUGUGGCAUCGUGAGCUGGGGCACCGGCUGUGCCCUGGCCCAGAAGCCAGGCGUCUACACCAAAGUCAGUGACUUCCGGGAGUGGAUCUUCCAGGCCAUAAAGGUGAAAUUUGGGCCCAGAUGGGAGCCAGAGGGUGGGAGGGUUUGGGACUCUGAGGGGGAAAGGGAGCCAGGGUUUUCCAGAAACCAACGCUCAGGCUUAGAAGAGGGGGCCCUAAGGAACGGAUAGCCUUCAGAGGGCUCCUGGGGAGGGGAGUUCAGCUGUGGGACUUUGGGGGAAGCCUCUCAGACCUUGGAAGCCCCUAGUUGUCUUUCCCCAGACUCACUCCGAAGCCAGCGGCAUGGUGACCCAGCUCUGACCUGUGGCUUCUCGCUGUGCACGCCUGCAGGGCCCAAGCUGAUCUAGGUGGCUCCAGCCCCACAUGAUGGGGUUCACCCUGGGAUGGAACAUUUUUCUUCUUGGGCCCAGCCCACAGGUCCAAGGAUACCCUCCCUCCAAGGUCCUCCACAGUGGCGGGCCCACUCAGCCCUGGGACCACCCGAGCCUCACCCUUCUGACCCCCAUGUAAAUAUUGUUCUGCCGUCUGGGGAGUCCCAUCUAGUGCUCCUGAUGACAGGAUGCUCUUUAAAUAAUAAAGAUGGUUUUGAUUAA